AUGACAGACAAAGCCGAAACGAACCACAGUGGUUCCUCUGAUAGCCACCAUAGCUUACUGAAGCUUCUCAACGAAACUCGCCAAGAUAUAGUCAGCCAGGUUGGGCGGAUCCUCCCGGAUCUGCAAGUCCUCAAGGGACUGGGAUCGACGAUUCUAGCGGGUGGAGUUAUUGACGAUAGGCAAUAUCUCAUCGAGGAGAUCAUCCAAGUUGCCGCAUCGUUGCCGAAUGGUUCAAGGCUACGUGACGGCAUCACGGCAGAAUUCGUGAAGACAUUGUGGAAUAGCCUUGACCAUCCUCCUGCAGCACGGUUGGGAGACGAGUACAAAUACCGCGCCGCAGAUGGCAGCAAUAAUAAUCCGUUGUAUCCCCAACUAGGGGCAGCCGGGAGCCACUAUGUUCGGAGUGUGACCCCCCAACACCCACGGCCAUAUGUGCUCCAAGAUCCCUCUCUGAUAUUUGACACUAUUCUCGCACGCAAAGGACCUUUAAAAGAACACCCUUCUAGAAUAUCGAGCACUCUGUUUCAUUUUGCGACGAUCAUUAUUCACGAUCUCUUUCGUACCGAUGAUGCUGAUAUGACAAAACUGAAGAAUUCAUCUUACCUCGACUUGGGACCUCUGUACGGCCACAACCAAGAUCAGCAAAACCAAGUGCGGUCAUUUCAGGAUGGACUCCUAAAGCCUGACACAUUCGCGGAACAAAGACUACUCGGCCAGCCUCCUGGAGCCCAGGCAAAGCGGGAUAAUGAUCUAUUCCAAACUGGAAGACUGGUCACUUGUGGUCUAUAUGUGAAUAUUAUACUUGGCGAUUAUCUGAGGACCAUAUUGAACCUGAACACCAACCCGGUAGACUCGGACUGGAGGCUCGACCCGCGGAUGGAAAUAACUCCUCUGAACUCACCAACCAUCCCCAGGGGUGUUGGAAACCAAGUUAGUGCGGAGUUCAACAUGAUCUACAGAUGGCAUGCCGCCAUCAGCAACCAGGAUGAAGCCUGGGCACAUGGGUUCAUGCAAAACGUGUUUGGCACAGAAGUGGAUCCAGGUGGUUUGUCCGUUGAGGAGUUCGUUGGCGGCCUGCGCAGGUGGUUAGAGGGGAUUGACCCAGAUCCCGCUCACUGGACAUUCAACGGCCUGCAACGACAACAGGACGGCAGCUUUAGGGAUGCAGAUCUCGCGAAUAUUCUGCAGACUGCGACUGAGUCUGUCGCGGGUGCAUUCGGCGCCAAUAACAUCCCGCGGGCAAUGAAGGCUAUAGAGAUGCUUGGCAUCCAGCAAGGCCGGGAGUGGGGAUUAGCCAGCUUGAACGAAUUUCGACGUUUCUUCAAAUUGAAAACAUAUUCAACGUUCGAGGAGGUCAACUCCGAUCCCGCUGUCUGGGAGGCGUUGGAGGCACUCUACGGGCAUCCGGAUAAUAUCGAGCUUUAUGUCGGUAUACAGGCAGAGGAAGCGAAGAAGCCAUGCUUUCCCGGGUCCGGACUAUGCCCGAACUUCACUAUUUCAGCUACAAUAUUAGCAGAUGCUAAUACGCUGGUCCGCGGUGACCGCUUCUACACUGUUGAUUACAGUCCAGUGAAUCUAACGAACUUUGGGUUUGCGAACACAGUCCCAGACUUCUCCGUAGCAGGAGGAGGUCUGAUGUACAAGCUCCUGUUGCGAGCCUUCCCCGGGUGGUACACUCCGAACAGUGUGUAUACCUUGUACCCUUUCACAACUCCGGAGCAAAACAGGAAGGUCUUUGAAAGGUCCAAAACUGCCGCUGGUCUGGAGUUUGAUAGGCCAAAAUAUGAAAGCCAGCCGACUGUUGUGGCUUCAUGGCAGGGAGUAACACAGGUUCUAAAUGACCAGAAAGCUUUUCGCGUCCCUUGGGGCCCACAUACAUUCCAGCUUACGCAACACGAUUAUAUGCUAAGCGGCGACUCCCCAGCCAAUGCGAAGCAGAGGGUAUUCGUGAAGGAUUGUUUAUAUAAGCCAACCGAUGGCCUUGAGGAGGUCAGGAAAUUUUACGAAAAUGUGACAAUGGACCUCCUACACCAGCAUAGCCGUAAACUUGGUUCAACAUACCAGCUCGAUAUAGUGCGAGAUAUCGGAAACCUCGCUCAUACUAAAUUUACGGCGGAGUUCUUCGGAAUUCCUCUGCAAACUUCCGAGAACAAUGAUACGACAGAUGCCUACACAGAAAGAGAGCUGUAUACCGCACUUUCAGAGUUGUUUGGCUAUGUCUUCCUUGACGUCGACCCGGCUCAGUCGUUCAAGCAUCGCAUCAGUGCGUCUCGGUCGUCCGAGCGGCUGGGGAAAGUUAUGCAAAAGCAUGUAGCCAGCUUGAACAAACAGCAUUUCACCAUUGCACGCAAUAUUUUAGGCAACCACAGUUCCGGCACAAAGAAGUGCCCAUUAGCCGACUAUGGACCAGAGCUCAAUGCUAGACUUUCUAGUGGUGGACAGUCUGCCGAUGAGGUGAUCUGGACCGUCAUCCCAACUGCUGCAGCUGCAUGUGCUACUCAAGCUCAAGGUUGGGCUCAACUGAUUGACCUCUAUUUGUCGGAUACAUAUUACAAAUAUUGGCCUGACAUUCAGAAAGCCGCUCGCUCUGACGACAAAGACUCUUUUGAACAGUUGAAAAAAUAUGCCCUCGAGGGAUUCCGUUUAUCAACCCCCGCCUUUGGUGUCCUUCGGUACGCAGCCAACGACACAAUCAUCAACGACGGGCUGCGAAAUGUCCCAAUCAAGGAAGGGGACACCAUAUUGGCCGAUUUUGUCUCAGCUGGUCGAGAUCCAAUCAAGUUCCCCGACCCUGAAGCUGUCAAACUUGACCGUCCUGAUGACCUGUACAUCCACCACGGAUGGGGGCCACAUUCAUGCCUUGGGCGUGAGAUUGUGACUGUUGCGGCAGCCGCUAUGCUUUCGGUCUUCGCACGAGUGGAGGGCCUUAGGCGUGCUCCUGGUUCGGCUGGUGCGAUGAAGAGCAAAUUGGUCAAUGGGGCGUUCAAGGUCUACUUGCCAGAGGACGGGACGGAGUGGACUCCAUUUCCUUGCAACAAAAAGGUUCUGUUUGACAGUUUCUAG